AUGGCUUCUCAGCAACCGCGUCCGUAUGGUCAGGGCGGCUACCUGCCAAACGGCGCCGUGCCACCUCACCCAGCUCCUCUCCCCGGAGCUCAACCUCUCCUUCCCAACCAGGGCCGUAUUGUUCAGACCGGCCCCAACAGAAUUCUUUGCAUCGCUGAUGUGCGAGGCAACCUCCAGUCCCUGAACGACCUUGCCCGUUCUGCCCGUGCCGACUUUAUCAUUCACACUGGUGACUUUGGCUUCUACGACGAAACAUCUCUGGAGCGCAUUGCGGAUAAGACCCUAAAGCAUGUCGCCCAGUAUUCCCCCCUCAUUUCGGAGCCAGUCAAGAAGGCGAUUGCGGCAGGUGGCGCCGGCCCUGUCAAGUCACGAUUCCAAGCUUCCGAACUGCCCCUGUCCGAACUCCCUCAGCUCAUCACCGGUGAGCUCAAGCUCGAUGUCCCGGUCUACACCGUCUGGGGCGCGUGCGAAGAUGUCCGCGUGUUGGAAAAGUUCCGGUCCAAGGAGUACAAGGUCCCCAAUCUCUUCAUUAUUGAUGAAGCUCAGUCCAUGCUGCUCGAGUGCUCGGGCGUCAAGCUCCGUCUUCUCGGCCUUGGCGGAGCUGUGGUAAUGCACAAACUCUUCGACAACGGCGAGGGCCGCACCACCAUCGCUGGCGGCCAGGGUACUAUGUGGACCACGCUUUUGCAGAUGGGCGAGUUGGUAGACACGGCCAACCGUGUCUAUGACCCUACCGAGACUCGCGUGUUCAUCACACACGCCUCGCCCGCCCGCGAAGGCAUUCUCAACCAGCUCUCGGUGGUUCUCAAGGCAGAUUUCUCCAUUUCGGCUGGCCUGCAUUUCCGCUAUGGUAGUUCGUACAACGAGUUCAGCGUCAACCCGAGUCUGGACCACUACCGCGGCAAGCUUGCCGCUUCCAAGGCUUCGUUCAACGAUGUUUGGGAUACCGUGAGGGCCGAGGUCGAGCCCGCGAUUCAGCAGAACGACGCCCAGCAGACGUUGCUCAAGAACGCGCUCAGCGUAGUGGAAAAGAUGCCUACCAUGGCUGCCGGUGGCAACCCCUUCGGUGGUGUUCCUGCCAACGCUCCUGGUGCCGGUCAGGUCGACGAAAGCGCAUUCAAAAACAUGUGGAAUUUCAACCUAGCUGAUGCGGCAUUCGGCUGGCUCGUACUGGAGAUUCAGGAUGGCAGAAUCGGGACUGAGAUGCGCGCUCAGGGAUUUAACUUCUCUCACCGUGGGGCCAAGCAGCAGCCCGGCGCUCAGCCAGCUGCCGCGGCCACCGGCCACAGCCCUGUCAAUCCUCCUCCUGCGGCUCCCUCUCAGCCCGCCCCCUCGGCUGCUCCGGCGGUCCCAGCCGUGAAGCCCGUCGUCCCUUCACCUGUCCCCGUGCCUACCAAGCCCGCCACCCCAGUCCCGGUUCCUUCGGCCUCCCCAGCACCCAAAGAGGAGAAGCCUGCCGCCGCCGCUUCUAACGGAGCUUCUGGUGAGCCAUCGGCGCCCCGCAGUUCUGCCGAAAACACCAUCGGUUUGUUCAUUAUGAACGCCCAGAGCGAGGAUCAGAUUCGUGAUCUGUUUUCCGAGGAGGACAAGGCCAAGAUUGUCAGGAUUGAGAAGUGGGGCCAGAACAAAGUUGCUCACUUCAAGACGACCGAGGAUCGCGAUGACGCCCUGAACCGUCUCCCAGACGAUGUCAAGAACCGUGCUCCCGGUCAAGAAGAUAGAUCAAAGCCUUUGGUCAAGAUCUUCCAGGCCCCUGCUGCUCGAGGGUCUUUCCGUGGUGGUGCGGGCAACUGGGGCAGCAGCCGUGGUGGUAGAGAUUCUGGAAACGUCCAGAGCGGCUACAGAAGUGCCGGCGGCGGUGCCAGUGACAGUGAGGGUGCUGGUCGCGGCCGUGGACGUGGUGGCAGCCGUGGCGGUAGAGGUGGUGAACGGGGCGGUCGUGGUAGGGGUGGUCGGGGCGGCCCGAAGGAGGGGGGGGCCAGUGGGGCGGGAGAGGCCCAGUAA